GUUUUGGCCGCCAUUUUUACCACUCAUGUAUCCUUCGAACGUUUCGUAAAUUGCUAUUGUAGAAUAUCUUGAGAAGUCAUCGGUGUGAAAGUAUUUUUUUAGUAUCAGUUGCUUCGUGCUACAAAGAAUACGUCUUUGUAUUGUUGAUUUUAUCAUGUUGGGUAGUUCGACUGAGCGAGUGACGAAAUCUAUGUAAGAACAACCGAUCGCAUCCUUGUUACUGCAAAGGUACGCCUAAAGAUGCUAGAGCAUUUUUCAGUUUCGAAGAAUUAUCACCAGAUGUCUUUGUUUCUUGAAGUUUGGGAAAAAAGAAGAAAAGAUUUCCGUAUAACCCCAUACCAGUCAAAAACAAAGCCGUGAUCCCAAAGGUGAAGGGUCCUAUACAGUCCAGAGUAGACUGUCCAGUAAUAAUGAAUAGCAGAAGACAACUAACCAGGAAAAAAGCUGAUGAGAGCCUUUCUGUGAAUACCUUCAUAAAACAGAACAUGCUGCACUCAAGUCUAAACCAAGAGGCUCAUGACCUCAAGGUUUUGUUGCAUAAAAUUGAUGUUGGUAAGUGUAUUCCAUUGCCAGGGAAAAUCGGAUUUUCAAUACAGUAUUUACCUUCUGCUGCUAAACACUUUGGCAAGAAGAGAGUGGGUCAUGUGACAGAAGACUCCACACAGAGGAAAUCUAGAAGAAUUUUGAAUACAGGCACAUGUUGUUCUGGUACCUGUCUUGGGUGCACAAGUGGAGAGAGAUGUGAUAAAUUCAAGCGACGAAGCCGGAGGGUGAAGGUCGCUGCUCGAAUGAGUGUUGCCAAUCCUUGCCUUACGCUCUCAGCAAAGGGUGGUGAAAAUUCCUGCUACUUAAAAAGAAAUCAGCUUUACUCAGUUCCUCCUGAAAUGCCAGGCAGUCCAUUGAAACAGCAAAGAUCAUCUCAAGGCUUAUCAUUACCAGGAGCAAUACCACAACAAGCGAGUAAAAGUCACUAUAAUCGGACAUAUUCAGCUACGACUAAUGAAGUAGCACCUGUUUCUUGUAUUUCUUCUGAGGCAUCCAGUUACAGAAAGACGUCAGCAUCAGAAAAUGGAACUCUGCCACUAUUUUCUAUUGCAGCAUCUUCAAACAUGAGGACGCUAAAAGUAGAAGACGCCAACGCACAACAAGGCCAUUCGCCAUCCUCAACAACCACAGUGCAAUCAGAAAAUCCCAUCGUCGCGCCUUUGAGCAGCCCUAACAUGCAUCUUUCAGGCAGUCUAAGACCAUUUGUUAGUGCAGCCUCUCCAAAUGUGAGGUCAGUUAAAGUGGAGGACGCCAACAAACACCAAUGCCGUUUUUCAUCCUCAAUAACCACGGUUCAUAAAAGGAAUUCUGUCUUCGUUCCUUUUAGCAGUCCCAUAAUGUUUCCUGCGGUUAACCUGCCACCAUCUCCAGAUAUGGCUUCCUCAAACGUCAGGCCAGCAGUUGAAACGGUGCAUGCAGGGAACUCCUUUUUUGGCCCAAACAUGCAUCUUUCAAGAAAUCUGCAACCACACUUUAGUGCGGCAUCUUCAAACGUCAGGCCAGUAGUAACCACGGUACUAACCGUAAACUCCACUGUUGUGUCUUUGAGCAGCCCAAACAUGCAUCCUUCGGGCAGAGUAAGACCAUCCCCCAGUACAGCGUCUUUAAAUGUCCAACCAGCAGAAACCGUGGUACAUUCUGGGACUUCCAUUGUCUUACCUUUGAGCAGCCCAAACAUGCAUCCUUCAAGAAACCUGCGACCAUACUUUAGUGCGGCAUCUUCAAAUGUCAGGCCUGGAGUAACCACGGAACUUACCGUAAACUCCACUGUUGUACCUUUGAGCAGCCCAAACAUGCAUCCUUCGGGCAAAGUACGACCAUUCCCUAGUACAGCGUCUUUAAACGUCCAGCCAGCAGAAACCGCGGUGCAUUCUGGGAAUUCCAUUGUCUUGCCCUUAAGCAGCCCAAACAUGCAUCCUUCGGGGAAAGUACGACCAUUCCCUAGUACAGCGUCUUUAAAUGUCCAGCCAGCAGAAACCGCGGUGCAUUAUGGGAAUUCCAUUGUCUUGCCCUUGAGCAGCCCAAACAUGCAUCCUUCAAGUAGUCUGCGACUAUCCCCUAGUACGGAGUCUUUAAACGUCCAGUCGGCAGUAAACACGGUACACACGAGGUAUUCUACUGCCUUUCCUUUGAGCAGCCCAAACAUACAUCCUUCGGGCAAUCUGCGACCAUCUCAUAGUGUGGCGUCUUCAAACGUCACGCCAGUAGUGGUAGUCAACGCACAGCAAAGCCGUUUGCCACAAUCAGUAACUGUGAUAAAUACAGGAAAUUCUGUUGUUAUGAAUACGGUGCCGCCUCAAACACCCUCAGCAAAUCUACAGCGGUGUUAUCCUUUAGUAACACGUCCUUUCUUUCCUCCGUCAGGCUUGCAGCAGUCUAGCAUUCAGUGUGUUCCUUUGGCGCCUCAACCAACUCCUGUCUAUCGUUUAGUGCAACCAUUUCAUUUUGCUACUGUGAGCGGGUCCUCCAUGAGUAAAAAUGGUGAUAUUCCUGUGCCUUCUGCUCAGUCAGUUAGCACCAAUCUGAACGAGAAUAGGGCUGGUCUUGUCCACAAGGGCACUGCUCAUUUAGAUAGUCAUCAGGAAGUAUUACCAAAACCCUGGACUCAAUUUCCUCAGUGUGAGAGUUUAAGCGAAAGAAAGAGACAACUUGACCAGGCGUGUGAUAAGCUCACUCGUUGUUUGAUUGUAGUGACAAGCCAGAGCAAAAUACGUGGUGAUUUUGAUUUUCUUGUUCAAAAUUAUCGUACGAGCUGUGAACAAGAUCCCUCCAACGCGAUAAUUAUCGAUAACAUGGAAGCACUCAAACAUUUUCUCAAGAUCACGGAGUGUAAGUUGAAGGAAGAAUCCCACGUACUUCAAAAUUCUUGUCAGUCAUUGCAAUCACACAUUGAGAAAUACCAGGAGAGUAUCCGUACUGAAGGAAAGAACUAUAAAAAACUCAUGGACGCCAAACUCUGCACGGAGAAAAAUAUUAACAUAAUUGAUGAAAACAAAGCAGCAGAAAUAAAGCGUGAAAAUGACGAGAUGAAAACAGAACUGAGUGAGCUUCGAGUGAAAAUGGCAGAGCUUCGAAAAGAAAAGGAUAAACUGUCCGAGAAAUGGUUAAGACUGGCUGAUGCAUAGAAACAGGAAGGCCUUUUAAUGCAUCAGCAUCAAACAAUGGAAAGUGGACAGAUAAACCGUAAGAGAAAUAGUUAAAAAUGGCUGAGGUAUAGAAGCAGGAAAGCUUUUUUUUAAUUCAUCAGCUUCAAACAAUGGAAAGUGGACUGAUGAACUGAAAAAGAAAUAGUUAAAACUGGCUAUGUAUAGAAACAGGAAGGCUUUUUGAGGCAUCAGCUUCAAACAAUGGAAAGUGGACUGAUGGACUGUAAAUACUGAAGGACUGUAGAUAAUUUUUGCAAUUGAUGGGCAGAAACUAACUCCAUUUAGAUACGAAUAUUCAAGAAUAUAAUGAGGGUUUCAACGGGAUGAUAUGUUUCACGGCAAACAUUUAAUAUGUUGUCAUUGUUGUAUGACUAGCGGUUAAAAUUUGUCAGUUUUUUUUACAAGCGGCUAAAGUUCUCGGCCGUUUCCCGUGAGAAUAUUUUUAUGAUCUAGAAUGUACUGGAGCGAUGACUGGAAUUUUUCAAUUGUCUGCGAUACGGUAAGCUUGCCCUAUAAUAUCGCAUGUUACCUGUAACGUUUUAAUUUUGUAAAACUUCUGUAACCCUUUCUCUCCCCGCCCCCCUCCCCCAUGCAAAAAGGGGAUUAGGGGUGGGACAUUAAAUAGUGGAUAACAGGUUUGUCGGUAAUAGUGAUUAUUAAAUUCUCGCCAAAUAUUUCAUUCCUAGUAUCCUGAUUGGUUCACCCAAUUCUGGUUAUUUAACAACUAUUGACCAAGGUGGAGGUAGCAAGUGCUCAUCGCUGCUAACCACCGACGCUGAGGUGAAUACUCACUUAAACAGUGAGAUAAUAAAGCACAAAAUGAUGACUUAAACUAAUUUAUUCCUGCGUCGAUGAUAAUAUUUUCGGACCC